CCAAUCUGCAGCGUGCCCGGGGGUGGCCUGUGGGCUGAAGGCGCAGAGCCCCGACGUGCAAACCUCGCACUGAGAGCAGAGCAGCCCCUGGCUCUCGGCUUGGGGCAAGCCUGGUGCCUGGGAGCUGCAGAUAAUUGCGACAGACAAGGAAGGAAAUGAGAUCAAGAUCGCUGGGAAGGCGGGGGCUCCCAUACCUUGUUGGAAAGGGGAAGUGGUGUGUCAGCGCCGGGAGGGCCCAUGCGUCCAGACCGCCUCUAGCCUGUCACCUUGCUCGGGCUGCUCAAAGUCUGCAAGCCCCUCCUGCCUUUUUUUUUAUGCGAUUUGCUUUGGGGGAAAUGCCGGUCUGCUAAACUUUGACCUCUGGCCAGCACACGCUCACACCUGAUGUGCCGUCACCCCAGGGAGCGUGUCCAGAGCACGGCUUGGGCGCCUCGCACCGUGGAGAUUCAGCUUUAGGAGGUCAGGGAGCCCAGGUGACAGGGACCCACCAGAGAAGCCAGGGUGCGCGGCAGCUGCCUUCCCGCAGGGCAGGAAGAGGCUCGGGGUGCUGUGUGAGCAGCUUUCUGUUCCCUUGGAAGUGAGGGCGCAUCCGCACCUGAACACCCCCUGCGACCACCCACAGCCGCGCCCAAGCCCCUGGCGGCCACUGGGCCAGCAGGCCUGAGGGCGACCCUGUGCCUCCUCACCUGCAUGGGGCAGGGCGCAGGCUUGCAAGGAGGGGCCGGGCUUAGUCUGUCCGCCACCCCGUCAGUUCAUUCUAUCCUCCCCCCACCCCGUGCUGGACGCCAGGCGCCGAUCAGGAGUCCCCAGGGGCCCAGGAGGGACGCAGUGAACCCUGAGAGCGAGCCCCACCCCGUGGGCCCCAAGCCCCGCCCCUCCCGGCGUCGGAGGGGCCGGUAAGCUGAUAAGCUCUGGGCCGGGGGCUCGUCUCGGGGCGGGGCACCGAGGCGGGACCUAGUCCCCAGCACAGAGCCGCCUCCCGCCAGCACAGCGUCCCUGGAACCUGGAUCCCACACACGGCGCUCAGGUCCUGUCCCGGCCCCGGAUCCCCGCCGUGUGCCCGGAGCACGCCCCCGUCCUGGCCCCGGAUCCCCGCGCUCCCCCCGGUCCCGGCCCCGGAUCCCCACCGUGAGCCCGGAGCACGCUCACGUCCCAGCUCUGGAACCCCGCGCUCCUCCCGGUCCCGGCCGUGGAUCCCGACCGUGAGCCCGGAGCGCUCACGUCCCGGCCCCGGAUCCACGCGCUCCCCCCGGUCUCGGCCCCGGAUCCCCACCGUGCGCCCGGAGCGCGCCCGGGCCAUGCGCCGCCUGGGGCUCCAGCUGCUCGCGCUGUGUCUGCAAGUGGCCGCCCCCAGGCCCCCCCUGCCCCAUGUGGAGCAGUACGAGGUGGUGUGGCCCCGACGUCUGCCAGCGCCCCGAGCCCGCCGAGCCCUGCCCUCCCACCUGGACCUGUACCCAGAGAGUGUGAGCUACGUCCUUGGGGCCCAAGAGCACACCUUCACCCUGCACUUGCGGAAGAACAGGGACCUGGUGGGCUCGGGCUACACUGAGACCUACAGGGCUGCCAACGGCUCCCAGGUGGUGGAGCAGGUACAAAGGCAGGAUCACUGCUUCUACCAGGGCCACGUGGAGGGCCAGCAGGACUCUGCCGCCAGCCUCAGCACCUGUGCGGGCCUCAGGGGCUUCUUCCGGGCUGGCUCCACCGUGCACCUCAUCGAGCCGCUGGAGGGGGGCGGUGAAGAGGUGCAGCACGCGCUGUACCGAGCGGAGCACCUGCUGCAGAAGGCCGGGACCUGCGGGGUCAGCAACAGCAGCCUGGAGAAGGCCUUGGGGCCUCGGGUGUCAGCGGCCUUCCGGCCCCGGAACUGGCCACUGGCCCGAGACACCCGCUACGUGGAGCUGUAUGUGGUGGUGGACAGCACAGAGUUCCAGAAGCUGGGGAGCAGGGCCGCUGUGCGCAGCCGGGUGCUGGAGGUCGUGAACCACGUGGACAAGCUCUACCAGGAGCUCGAUUUCCGGGUCUUCCUGGUGGGCCUGCAGAUCUGGAACCAUCGGGACGAGAUUCAUGUGAGCUCCAACCCCGACACCACCCUGGAGAACUUCCUCCGGUGGCGGGUGGAGAACCUGGUGGGGCGGCACCAGCACGACAACGCACAGCUCAUCACGGGGGUCGACUUCACCGGGACCACCGUGGGACUGGCCAAGGUGUCGGCCAUGUGCUCCCGGGACUCUGGGGCUGUGAACCAGGACCACAGCCUAGGGAACCCCGUCGGCGUGGCGUCCACCAUGGCCCACGAGAUGGGCCACAACCUGGGCAUGGACCACGACGACAACAUUCAAGGCUGCUACUGCCCGGUGCCCCAGGAGGGCGGCGGCUGUGUCAUGGCGGCCAGCAUCGGCACCGAGUUCCCUAAGAUGUUCAGCCACUGCAGCCGCACGGACCUGGAGGUUUUCAUGGAGAAGCCACGGACCGCCUGCCUGGCCAACGCCCCGGACCCCGACCGGCUGGUGGGCGACCCCGUGUGUGGGAACCGGUUUCUGGAGCGUGGGGAGCAGUGCGACUGCGGCCCGCCCCAGGCCUGUCAGAACCCCUGCUGCAACGCCACCACCUGCCGGCUGGCUGCGGGGGCCGAGUGUGCGCAGGGCGCCUGCUGCCGUGAGUGCAGGGUGACCCCUGCCGGUGAGCUGUGCCGCCCCACAAAGGAUGCGUGUGACCUUGAGGAGUACUGUGAUGGCCAGCAGCCAGCGUGCCCGGAGGACGUCUUCCAGGAGAAUGGCACGCCCUGCCCAGGAGGCUACUGCUACAACGGGGUCUGUCCCUCGCUGACCCAGAGGUGCCAGGACUUGUGGGGGACAGGCUCCCGGGUUGCCAUAGAGACAUGCUACGCCUACAGACUCUCUCCAGGCUGCAAGGGCAGUUCCCUUCCUGACUUCAGCAGAGUCAACAAGUGUGGCAUCCUUUACUGUGAGGGAGGACAGAAGCCUCUGGAACGGAGUUCCUGCGCCAUGACCUUCCCCACAGGCACCUGCCAGGCUCUCGUCCUGGAGGGAGGUGCUCAGUAUGAGCCAGUGCCUGAGGGCACCCGGUGCGGCGAGGACAGGAUUUGCUGGAAAGGACUCUGCCAGCAGCUGCAAGUUUACAGAUCCAGGAACUGCUCCGCCCAGUGCAACAACCAUGGGGUGUGCAACCACAAGGACGAGUGCCACUGCCACCCGGGCUGGGCGCCACCCUACUGCACAGAGCUGCUGCCGCAAAGGCACACAGGGUCCAGGGACCUUCUGGUGGGCGUGCUGAUGUUCGUGCUGCUGCUGGCUCUGGCGCUCCUGGUGGCCAUGCUCCUCUACCGGAAGGGCUGGAUCCCCAGCUGUAGGAGGAGUGCAGCGCCCACAACUGCCAAGGGGCUGUCCAACCCUCUGUUCCACGAGGGGCAAGGCGUGCCGGCCAAGGGUGGGGCUCCGGGCCCCACCAUCCACCCCUGCCAGCCUGCCAGGCCCAUGGCCUCCGCGGCGACCCCUAAGCAGCCACACUUCGCUCCUUCAGCCACCUUGGGCAGCCCUGCCUUCACGGUUCCUGUGUACACCCGGCCGCCCCCACAGCAGCCCAGGCCUGCUCCUCCUGCCGCACCCCUCCCUGAGCUGAAGCCCAAGCAGGUUGUGAAGACGACCUUACCACCCCCGGUGCCCCCCGUCAAGCCCGGGGCUGGAGCUGCCAACCCUGGUGCCUCGCAGGGCGGGGGUCCUCCCAAGGUUGCUCUGAAGCCCCGGGUGCAGAGGAGGUGAUGGGCCUGAGCCGGAGCUGCUGCGUCUGCUGAAGGGGCCUCGCCCGGCCUGGGCCCCCGCCCCGUCCCUGGGCAGGUCAGCCCGGAGAGGUGCUAACGGAAGAGCCGGGGCGGGACCGGCCGCGUCUCUGCUGCACCCCUACCCGGGACCCCGGCCGCGCCCCUGCUGCACCCCUACUCGGGACCCGGCCCUCCCUCCAGGGGCACCUGCGGCCAGGCUGAAACUGCAUUGAAAAAUAUUUUCUGAUUAAGUUAUUGAUCAAGUUCUAAGUAAUGGGAGAUUGUCAUUAAAUCGAUGGAAGAGUGUGA